AUGUCAAAGAUGGAUUCGGCUCGCUUCGAAGGCCCUAGCCAGGGCAACACAGCUAAUCUGAGCGUCAUCAGCAUCCAGAAGUUGCUAAGCGACGACGCUGAGGAAGCAUCUAGAUUGUUCUCCGCCUGUUCAGAAUGGGGAUUUUUCUGUCUUGACCUGGGCUCUGACGAGAUCGAGUCAUACAGAGCAACAACCAGCCUUCUAAACGACUUCGCCGUCCAGUAUUUCAACAAGCCAUUGGAGGAGAAGAUGCAGGAUACCAACCACGCUUGGGAAACAUUCAAUAUUUGCGGUUACAAGCCGCGAAGUCUUGAUACCGGUAAUAUGGAAGGCAAGAAAGAUGGAUGCGAGGGCCUCAGGCUGCCAGCCGACGCCAUCCUCCUCCCACGAACUCACUUACGGUUCCCUCGUGGCGCCGAGAUGCACCGAGACCUAGCCGGCACCUUCAUUGAGCAGUCACACGCUAUAGCGACCUUGAUUCUCAGCCGGCUAUCGACCAGCCUGGAUCUGACGGGUGCUUCGCGGCUCGAGAAUCUUCACCGGGCGGAUCAGCCGUCCACGUCUACCGCCGUCAUGCAACACUACCCCUUCGAGGGAGACCUGCCGGCGGACACGAGCAGCGGCCACUUCGCGCAUACAGACACGGGUAGCGUGACGAUCCUCUUCAACACCGAAUGGGGCCUGCAAGUCUGCAACCCACAUAGCGAGGAGUGGCAGUACGUGCCGCCAGCCAGAGGCGCGCAUGCCAUCGUGAACAUUGGCGACACAGUCAAGUUCUUGACGGCCGGCCGCCUCAAGUCGUGCCUGCAUCGUGUGGUGCCGUAUCUCGACCGCUGGACCCGCGGCUCGCGCUACGCCAUCAUCUUCUUCCUCCGGGCUAACAACCAGGUUGAAUUCGAGGACCUCGAGGGUCAGAGAUGGAAUGCCCACGAUUGGCUCAACAGGAAGUUCCUCAACUACCGGUCGCCCCACGAGGUGCAGAAGCAAAGUCCGAUGGCUACUGGUAGGCUCGGAUUUGUUGGGCUUUGGAAAGCAGGAAUGACUGCCUGA